CAAACACAACAUCUUAUCAAAAUCUAUACUUUCUCAACCCUCCCUUAAAAUCCAGUCUAGAUAAUAUUGUCUCAAAAUGGCUGCAUCUACGGAGAUUUCUGAUUUCAUCCCCGUUCAGGACUGGCCCAACCUAGAGGAGCUCGCCGUUGGGUACCAUGAACACCUCAUGCCCGAAUCUCAUAAACUAAGUGGGAAGCAUUUCGACCACGUAUUUGACAAUGCCUGGCGAAUCUCUCACGAGUUUGUUGACGAAAGAAAGCUCGUUUGGAAAGUCCUGGAAGGAGAAGGUGUUGGGCUAACUGGCGAGGCCGAAUACAAGUCUUUCGAAGUUCGAUCGGAUAUCUUCUUUGUGGAUUUCUACAAGCCCGAACAUGAACAACAAGUCACCAUGGUUCUUGACAUCGUCACUGGCCAAACCGUGGUGGGCGUCUCUGGUUUCAGCGACGAAAGCGGAAAGCGGAGAACAUGGACCAACUUCGUCAAUGCCAUAAAAGACGACCGUGGCACUGUUCAGCCCUAUCUCCCCACUGAGGAGCUGAUUGGCAAACACGUUCUAUACCGGUACAACCCACGAGACGCCUACGAGCAUCUGUAUUUGAACAAAGGCACUUUCGUGUGGCACGCCGUCAGUGGCACUGAAAAGGGCCUGGCAGACGCAGAACGCUGCAAGAUGCUGAAGCUGCGAGAUUCACUCUAUCUGUUGUUUUGGACGGAAACUGUCAUGCCAGUGGAGUCUAUUGUGGUUGUGGACCUGGAAGAGAUGCGUUCUACCGGUCGCUUCUUUUGCUGGGACCCGAAGCCGAACCGAGCUGUUCACAUGCAAUUUGGGUCGUAUGCUACUGUUCUUGGACAAUCGAACAUUCCUGCGAUUCUUGCCAAACCACCAGUGCGCAGGUAGAUGUCAUAGAAUUCAUUUAGGUGGUUCGACAUGCUGUCUCGGCUUGGUAUACGCAGAUACUACGCGGAUAUGGGACCGCUCUUGGUUGAGUACCCUCAACCUCAUUCAUAC